UUACACUAUUAUCUUGGGAUUAUCGAUACGACCGAUAAGGAUUAUAACGUUGAAUGUCAUUUUACUUCUGGCCCAAUUCUAACGUGGAAUAUAGUUUUGUCCCGACGGGGAUUAUUUCGUUACACAGUUGCACGCGCUGUUUAGUGUCUCUGCUCUAGCGUUCAUUUUUGGAACUAACCUCGAAACAAACGAAACCCACGAUCAGCAGCGCCAAACAGCCAUUUGGCCGCUGGAUUCGCGUUACUUCGUUGUCUUGAUGAUACGGAAGUUUUUUUCUUCUCCCAUCUGUCUUUCGAGUCGAUAGGUGUAAACGUUAUUGUUGUGCAGAAAGUAAGAACGUGGUGCAUAGUCGAGGAACCUGCGACAUCGUAAUUACAAUAUGUCAAGUAAAAACGAGGAAGUUGUUCCCCUGGAACUCGUAGCGGAUCCCUUAGGUUCUGUUCAACUUCCAUUCAGACCAGAAGCUCAUGGACUUAGUAAAGACUUCCGUUUAAGUAAAUUCGGUGACCUUCGUGGUCAGCGAAUGAGACUCGACCGUGCUGAGAUCCUUGACUUUCUCUCGGUUUUCAACGAGGAUCAGCAGGAUCGCAAUUUCAAGAGUCACGUGUUCGGCGAAGACGUAUCCGUUACCCAUCUUCCUCACAGUGGACUUUAUCUGGUUGAAACGUCCAAUCUUAUUUGGCCAGUCAUCGAGGAUCCUUAUUUGCUUGGUAAAAUAGCCAGCACGUGUGUCCUGAGCAGGAUUUACGCCCUGGGCGUCCCGGAUUGCGCGAGCUCUCGGUUCAUCCUGGGCGUCGCCAAUCGAAUGGAGGAAAAUGAACGAAAAGUCGUUAUUCCCAUGGUGAUUCGCGGUUUUUGCGAUGUUGGAAAAUCGAUGGCUGCCGAGGUGCGCGGUUCCGAGAUUUUUAGUAACCCUUGGCUCGUGUUGGGUGGCACGGCUAGUGUCGUAUGUCCUCUCCACGAACUUGUUAUACCGGACAGUGCGAUACUAGGGGACGUGAUAGUUUUGACAAAACCCCUUGGCACCCUCGUAGCCAUCACCGUCGCACAGUGGAUGGAACAGACGGAUAAACGCUCCAGGUUGCUAUUGACGCUCAGUGAAGAAGAUGCGAAAAAGGGUUACCUGAGAGCUGUGGAUUCUAUGAUAAGGAGUAACAGGAUCGCUGCUCUCCUCAUGAGAAAGGUUAGAUCCCAAUUAUUAAGAUGGAUUAUCUGUCCAGAGACACGAUCGCAGCUAGCAAAUCGGUUGGGAAAUCAAAGUCUUCCAUGGCGGAGUGAAAUUCCAAUAGAUUGCAGUAGAUGGAGUUGCUGUGUCCGUAGAAGCCACCCAGUUACAGCUUCAAUUAAUCGAAUGGUCUCGCUAGGAGACGUGCAUACUUAAUUGGAUAUUUUAUGAAACUUCUAUGAGAGCUUUGCAUUUCCAUGAAAGCGGAAUUGUCGCUUUCGAAAUACCUAUUUGCUAUG